AUGAAGAUGGGACGCGGCCCGGCGGCAUCCAUCACCAACGCCAGGGCGAACGAACGCUCGGGUCUUUUAGAAACCCCGAACAACGCUGCGAAAGAAGAAGAAGAAACUACCGUAAAACAUCGAAACGCGUCCUCUUUACUCAAAAAGAUCGCAAAAGCUCGGACAAAAGUCAACGUUCCAUCCGCCAUCGGUGGGUUCGCCGUAGGCGUGAAAUUCGGCUUCGUCCUCCUCUUGGUGGUCUUAGUCUGUCUGCCGCGAGAACGCUUCGACUCUUUACGAACAAAUCUCGGGGAGUUUUUACCGAUAAGUUUAAGCGAGCGAGUCGUAGCGCCGGAGAGUUCGUAUAAGAGAGAACACGGGGUGGUGGCGAACUUAGGGGCGGCGAAGCCGUUAGCCGGCGACUGGAACCCGAACGGCAAGAGCGAGAAGCGAGAGGUGAAGUACCCGAGGAAGGAUUUGACGCCGAAACCGACGAAAGUCGCAAUCGCGAAGAAGAAGAAAGAAGAGGAGGAGAAGAUUAAGAAGACGACGACGAGUAAAAGCAGCAGCAAAUCAUCAUCAUCAUCGAAGAAGAAUGAUUCUUCUUCUUCUUCAAAACAUUCGUUAUCGUCUGAAUCGUCGUCGAAAGAAGGCAAGCGCUCGAGAGAAUACGAAGAAAAAGAGAGACAGUCCUCAUCAAAGAUGGGUGAAAGAGAAGAAAGAAAAGAAGAAGAAAAGGAUGACGAAGAUAAUCAUCAUCACAGAAACAAGAACGAUUGGUACAACGGCCCAGAGCCGAUUCCGCACCUCAUCGACCACUUGGAGGCGCACGAUUUGAAGCCGUCGGAUAAAGACUUGAGAAUUUUAACCAUCGCGAACGCCGCGUAUUGGCCGUUGGCGGAGAUUAUGUUAGACUCUGCGAAAAGACACGCGCCAGAAAUCGCCAAUCGAUUGACUUUCAUUCUUUCGGACGAAAAAUCCGUGAAGCAGUGUAAAGAUCGCGUGACGAAGAGUUGCCAACACACGUGCUUCUUCGAUCACGAGAUGGAAGACAUGUUGGGCAAGUACACGAACGACGAAGGUUCGUACAAAUCGGCGUACGAUUCCAACUUUGGCGUGAAAUUACGCCAGUUGUGGACGUGGAGAAAAGUGAAAGCGGUCAAAACGUUGGUCGAUGCCGGAUACGCGGCAAUGUUUGUGGACGCGUCGACGGUGUUCUUAAGAGACAUGCGCGAAGACGUGUUGCACGAAUUACUCGAUCACGACGCCGCGCUGGUCACGUUGAGUGACUUUGGCGGUGCGACCGAGCAACACGCGACGAAUACGGGUUUGAUUGCCGCGACGCCGGCGAACAAAGACGCCGCUCGAGUCUUGCGCACUUGGUUGAAACGCGAAGAUCCGGAAGAUAAAGACAACACGGAGCAAGGCGUUUUGACGUGGGAAAUUGCACCGAAAGAAAGAGAAAAUGGGGUGAUUAUCAAAGCUCUGACGCAAGUGCAAGCGCCAAACUACGUGACGUACGACUUUAAGUCGCACUUGAACAAGGGUAACGACGACGGCGGUAAGUUGGGCAAGGAUGAAAAAGGCAAAAGCGAGGAAAAACAACAACACGUGGCUGGUCUCGUGCACGCCGCGUAUUGCGGGUGCGUGGACGCGAAAGAAUCGUUCAUGUCCAGAGUGUACGAAGAGUCCAAAAUGUCCUCGAAAGAACUCGGCGAACGCGGUUUGAAGCCAGAAAAAAUUGAAGAAAAAGAUUGCGACGUGUACGACAGGAAGAAGUUCUUGAACACGGGCCGCGCGCCGUGGGAUUAA